CAGCAUCCAUGCCCGGUAGCUACCCUGACCUCCUCCUCGGCAUGACCGCAAGCGCUUUCCCUUCCUCCAGAGAGAUGUUUUGUCCUGCUUGCAGCCGCGGACUCCUCCACGGGCGCCAGCUGAGGAAGUGCAUCUCUGCUGGAGGUCGCAGCAUGCCCAGUAGCUACCCUUUCCUCCUCCCAGGCACGGAUGCCUCUGUCCUUGUUGUGGACUGGAGGCUUUUCCUCGGGUGCCUGGCAGCAUCCAUGCCCGGUAGCUACCCUGACCUCCUCCUCGGCAUGACCGCGAGCGCUUUCCCUUCCUCCAGAGAGAUGUUUUGUCCUGCUUGCAGCCGCGGACUCCUCCACGGGCGCCAGCUGAGGAAGUGCAUCUCUGCUGGAGGUCGCAGCAUGCCCAGUAGCUACCCUUUCCUCCUCCCAGGCACGGAUGCCUCUGUCCUUGUUGUGGACUGGAGGCUUUUCCUCGGGUGCCUGGCAGCAUCCAUGCCCGGUAGCUACCCUGACCUCCUCCUCGGCAUGACCGCAAGCGCUUUCCCUUCCUCCAGAGAGAUGUUUUGUCCUGCUUGCAGCCGCGGACUCCUCCACGGGCGCCAGCUGAGGAAGUGCAUCUCUGCUGGAGGUCGCAGCAUGCCCAGUAGCUACCCUUUCCUCCUCCCAGGCACGGAUGCCUCUGUCCUUGUUGUGGACUGGAGGCUUUUCCUCGGGUGCCUGGCAGCAUCCAUGCCCGGUAGCUACCCUGACCUCCUCCUCGGCAUGACCGCAAGCGCUUUCCCUUCCUCCAGAGAGAUGUUUUGUCCUGCUUGCAGCCGCGGACUCCUCCACGGGCGCCAGCUGAGGAAGUGCAUCUCUGCUGGAGGUCGCAGCAUGCCCAGUAGCUACCCUUUCCUCCUCCCAGGCACGGAUGAAGCAGUGCAGUGUGGUUCCCUGCGCUAGGGAGCAGAAGCCAGCAUGCUGCCAGAAUGCCAGCUGGGCCUUGCAGUGCACAAAGGCAGUGUUGGGGAUGGACCGUCAUUAGCACCACACAAAAAUGAGCCUCUUCAGUCCUCUGUAAUGAAGUAUGGAAGAAUGCAUUUAAAGUAUUACUUCUGAGCAGGUGCACUGCUGUAGGAUGUCAUGGUGAAAGCAUUGAGGAGGCUGACAGUGGUAGCUGAUGGCAGCAGUGUGGCAGAAGUCCGUGUAUAAGUGGUGGUGCUCAGAGCUGAGUGCAUUCCUGAGAAAGGCACUCUUGACUUUAUAGCAUUUUCUUUCACCUGGUGAUAUGUAGAAAGUCAGUGGAGAAAGGAGCCAGAACAAAAAUACCCUACUUAAAGGGCAGCUGCAUUUAGAUAUCUACAGCAUGCCAGGUUGUUAUGUGAGAACCGAGCACUCCAUGACCUGUAGGAUGCAAUGUCUUCUGAGAUAUUAUUGGAAGACUAUUAUUGGAAGACUUUGUGGACAGAGACAUGUUUAGCUCACACUGCAUCAUCUACACUGCCUAAGGAAGUUAUGCUGCAUUAAGAAAACCAUGCUCUCUGAGAGCACAGUUUCCCAUCAAAAAGAAUUAUUUGGCAGACCACCUUGGGGUCAAACUAUAAAGCAGAUUACAGGACAAGUACAAGGGGCAAGACAAAAACGCUUAAGGCAUGGUUUAUUACUUCUCAAAAUAGAAAUUUAAGAAAGGGUUAGGUAAAUUUCUCACUAGAAAUGCCUGUUAGUUUUGCUGGAAUCCUUAGUGACUAAUUCAGACAUAGACAUCUAUGCUGCAAGUGUCUAUAACUGUAUGGAUAAAGUUCAUGAUCAGCAUGUCCUGUAAAGCUAUAGCUACGUUGUCUUUGAUUUUUACUCAACAGGUUGCAACGCCUUACAUGUGCUAUAUGAAUUGCAAAGUUUGCCUACACACUGGAUCAUCCAGAAGCUUUCACACUCUCCCUUUGUGGAAAUGUAAUCAACUCAUUAAUGGUGGGAUCGUGAAUGAGUCCAAUGAGAAGGCAGCAUCAACAGUGAAAGUUUGACUAUAAACUGAAAUCAUGAAUUACCGUGGUUGAAUCUGAACCAGUAGUCCAGUAAUAGUUCUAUGAAGUCUCAACACCUACCAGAUCAUUUCUAAUGAAUUUAAGAGAUAACUUCAUGGUGCAUGAGUUGGUUCCUUUUCCUUAUCUUAUUCCAUACAGGUUUUAGUAUCACUCUAGGGAUUUUUUUCAUAGAAGAGGACUUCUUGAAGGUUAUCACUUGUACAUUAUGCUGUUACAUAACGUACAGUAUGGAUUUUUUCCUAAGAAAAUUGCAUGAACAAAACAAGGAACAAAUAAACUUUCAUUUAUUUAUUUCAAAA